UGCGGUCGGGCUGCCAUGGAUCCGCCGGCGGGAGCCGCUCGCCGCCUGCUCUGCCCCACGCUGCUGCUGCUGCUGCUGCUGCUGCCGCCGCCGCCGCCCGCGAACGCCCGGCUCGCCGCCGCCGCCGCCGACCCCCCAGGAGGGCCCCUGGGGCACGGAGCGGAGCGCAUCCUGGCGGUGCCGGUGCGCACUGACGCCCAGGGCCGCUUGGUAUCCCACGUGGUGUCGGCAGCGACGGCCGGGGCGGGAAUUCGAGCCCGCAGGGCCGCCCCGGUCCAAACCCCGGGUCUCCCCGGAGGCAGCGAGGAGGACACAGGAGGCCGCCUCUUCUACAAUGUCACCGUCUUCGGCCGAGACCUGCACCUGCGGCUGCGGCCCAACGCCCGUCUCGUGGCGCCCGGGGCCACGGUGGAGUGGCAGGCUGACACGGGCGCCACCCGCGUGGAGCCCCUGCUUGGGACUUGCCUCUAUGUCGGAGACGUGGCCGGCCUGCCUGCAGCCUCCUCCGUGGCAGUCAGCAACUGUGACGGGCUGGCUGGUCUGAUCCGGAUGGAGGAGGAGGAGUUCUUCAUCGAGCCCCUGGAGAAGGGUCUGGCGGCGCAGGAAGCUGAGCAGGGCCGCGUGCACGUGGUGUAUCGCCGGCCGCCCACUCCCAGGCCCCCACCUCUGGGGGGACCACAGGCCCCGGACACAGGGACCUUGGCAGGCAGCCUGGACGGCCUCAGCCGAGCGCUGGGCGUCAUGGAGGAGCGCGUGAACAGCUCGCGGCGGAGGGCGCGCAGGCACGCCACGGACGACGACUACAACAUCGAGGUCCUGCUGGGUGUGGACGACUCCGUGGUGCAGUUCCACGGGAAGGAGCACGUGCAGAAGUACCUGCUCACGCUCAUGAACAUCGUCAAUGAAAUCUACCACGACGAGUCCUUGGGGGCCCACAUCAACGUGGUUCUGGUGCGCAUCAUCCUGCUGAGCCACGCAAAGUCCAUGAGCCUCAUCGAGAUUGGGAACCCCUCGCAGAGCCUGGAGAACGUCUGCCGCUGGGCCUACCUGCAGCAGAAGCCGGACACGGACCACGAUGAAUACCACGAUCACGCCAUCUUCCUCACUCGGCAGGACUUCGGGCCCUCGGGCAUGCAAGGCUACGCUCCUGUCACUGGGAUGUGCCACCCUGUCCGCAGCUGCACCCUGAACCACGAGGACGGCUUCUCCUCAGCAUUCGUGGUGGCCCACGAGACCGGCCACGUGCUGGGCAUGGAGCAUGAUGGGCAGGGCAACCGCUGUGGUGACGAGGUGCGCCUGGGUAGCAUCAUGGCGCCCCUGGUGCAGGCCGCCUUCCACCGCUUCCACUGGUCCCGCUGCAGCCAGCAGGAGCUCGGCCGCUACCUACACUCCUAUGACUGCCUGCGGGACGACCCCUUCGCCCACGACUGGCCGGCACUGCCCCAGCUGCCGGGGCUGCACUACUCCAUGAACGAGCAGUGUCGCUUCGACUUCGGCCUGGGCUACAUGAUGUGCACUGCGUUCCGGACCUUCGACCCCUGCAAGCAGCUGUGGUGCAGCCACCCUGACAACCCCUACUUUUGCAAGACCAAGAAGGGCCCUCCCCUGGACGGGACAAUGUGUGCGCCUGGAAAGCAUUGCUUUAAAGGACACUGCAUCUGGCUAACGCCCGACAUCCUCAAACGGGACGGCAACUGGGGCGCCUGGACUCCAUUCGGCUCCUGCUCGCGCACCUGUGGCACAGGCGUGAAGUUCAGGACCCGGCAGUGUGACAACCCACACCCUGCCAACGGUGGCCGCACCUGCUCAGGCCUUGCCUACGACUUCCAGCUGUGCAACCCCCAGGACUGCCCUGAUUCCCUGGCCGACUUCCGCGAGGAGCAGUGCCGCCAGUGGGACAUGUACUUCGAGCACGGUGACGGCCAGCACCACUGGCUACCCCACGAGCACCGGGAUGCCAAGGAGCGCUGUCACCUGUACUGCGAGUCCAAGGAGACCGGGGAGGUGGUGUCCAUGAAGCGCAUGGUGCACGACGGCACACGCUGCUCCUACAAGGACGCCUUCAGCCUCUGCGUGCGCGGGGACUGCAGGAAAGUGGGCUGUGACGGGGUGAUCGGCUCCAGCAAGCAAGAGGACAAGUGCGGCGUGUGUGGUGGGGACAACACUCGGUGCAAGGUGGUCAAGGGCACGUUCACGCGCUCCCCCAAGAGGCACGGUUACAUCAAGAUGUUUGAGAUCCCCGUGGGAGCCAGACACCUGCUCAUCCAGGAGGCAGAUGCCACCAGCCACCACCUGGCCGUCAAGAACCUGGAGACGGGCAAGUUCAUCUUAAAUGAAGAAAAUGACGUGGACCCCAAUUCCAAAACCUUCAUUGCCAUGGGUGUGGAGUGGGAGUACAGGGACGAGGAUGGCCGGGAGACACUGCAGACCAUGGGCCCCCUACGUGGCGCCAUCACCGUGCUGGUGAUCCCGGAGGGAGACGCCCGCGUCUCGCUGACAUACAAGUACAUGAUCCAUGAGGACUCGCUCAAUGUGGAUGACAACAACGUCCUGGAAGAGGACUCCAUGGGCUACGAGUGGGCCCUCAAGAAGUGGUCUCCGUGCUCCAAGCCCUGUGGCGGAGGGUCCCAGUUCACCAAGUAUGGCUGCCGCCGGAGGCUGGACCACAAGAUGGUGCACCGGGGCUUCUGCCACGCCCUCGUGAAACCCAAGCCCAUCCGCAGGGCUUGCAACCAGCAGGAGUGCUCCCAGCCCGUGUGGGUCACAGGUGAAUGGGAGCCGUGCAGUCAGAGCUGCGGGCGGACAGGCAUGCAGGUGCGCCCCGUGCGCUGUGUCCAGCCGCUGCACAACAACACCACACGCUCUGUGCACACCAAACACUGCAACGACAACCGGCCCGAGAGCCGCCGCGCCUGCAACCGUGAGCUGUGCCCUGGUCGGUGGCGUGCUGGUCCCUGGUCCCAGUGCUCCGUGACCUGUGGCAACGGCACCCAGGAGCGGCCGGUGCUCUGCCGCACCCCAGAUGACAGCUUUGGCAUCUGCCGGGAGGAGCGGCCAGAGACAGCCAGAAUCUGCAGGCUCGGCCCCUGUCCACGAAACAUCUCGGACCCCUCCAAGAAGAGCUACGUGGUUCAGUGGCUGUCCCGUCAGGACGGGGACGCGCCCGUGCCGAAGAUCUCAAAAGGCCACUGCCAAGGCGACAAGUCAAUGUUCUGUAAGAUGGAAGUCUUGUCUCGCUACUGCUCCAUCCCAGGCUACAACAAGCUGUGUUGCAAAUCCUGCGACCUGUACAAAAACCUCAGCACUGUGGAUGGCAGGCCAGAGCCACCGCCCGGGAAGCACAAUGAGAUCGAGGUGUUCAUGCCUACCCUCCCGUCACCCACGGUGCUCACAGAGCUGCCACCUGCACCAGUCACCCCGUCGGAGGCCCCUCUCAAUGCCUCUGGUACCAGCGCCACUGAGGAUCAGCCAGAAGCCAAUGCUGUCGAUGCACCGUACAAAACCCACGGCCUGGAGGAGGAAGCCCAGCCGCCCAACCGAAUCCCUCGACGCCCGAGCCCGUAUGAAAAGACCAGGAACCGAAGGAUCCAGGAGCUCAUUGACGAGAUCCGGAAGAAAGAGAUGCUCGGAAAGUUCUAAUAAAAUGGAAAGAUAGCA